ACUGUAAGUUGCAGUUUCUGAGAGUUGUGACGGGAUUAACGUUACUCAGUUCUCUGACUCUGUUCUCGUUCUUACCAUAGGUAUAGAACCUACACAUAACAUUUGUUAUGUGGUCUUCAAGGUUGGCUGUCUGGCUUCUAGUCUUGUACUUGGGCUCGGUCCAGUCAAGACAACGAGAAGUUAAUAACUUCCAUGAAAUUCAAGAUGAUCAUUUCCUGAGCUUAGAUUUUGAAGAUGAAAAUCCUAUUAAGUUCGGAGAAAAAAACCCGUGUGAUUCUAUUAUAUGUGGAAAAGGUCGGCAAUGUGAGGUGAACGAAGUGGGCCAAGCUGUCUGUAUUUGUCAGCUGUACUGUAAACACCAUAAAAAACCGGUUUGUGGUACAGAUGGCAAUUUCUACACUAGUCAUUGUGAACUACAUCGAGCAGCAUGUCUAGCAAGAAAAACCAUCCGCAUUGAUCGCAAGAGAGGAUGUUUGAAGAAAAAGGAACCCCAGGAGACAACAACAGAAUCCCAGAAAUAUAUCCAUACCACAACUGAAUGGAAGAGAACUGAUAAUCCUGUAUUAUGGACUAACCUAGCAAAACCAGAAGUGGAAGCUUUAACUACCACUUCCAAACCAGAGCAUGGAACAACUCCUAGGGAAUGUAGUCAAGAAGAAUAUGACUUUAUGAAAGAAAAUCUUUUGUUAUUUAACAAUGCAGAACUAAUGAAUAACAAAAAAUCUGGCAAUGAAUAUCUUGUCAGCAUUAUGUUUUCUCAUUAUGACCAAAACAACAAUGGAUUAUUAGAAGCGGAAGAGUUAUGGCAAGCUGGAGAACAUGAUCACUUGGGUCAGCUAUCUACAGCAUGCAUACUGGCAGAUAUGUUACUUUUUGAUGAUCCCAAUCAAGAUGGAAAAUUAAACAUCAAUGAGUUUUAUAUUGCCUUUAGUAAGUUAUACAGUGUCUCUGUUGUUUCUUUGGAUAAAUCUCUUGAAAUAAACCAUGUCAUGGCAUCUGUUGGGGAUAAUGUAGAGAUAAAAUGUGAUGUUAGUGGAACCCCACCUCCACCUAUUGUGUGGCGAAGGAAUGACCUUGACCUCUCACUUUUGAAUGAAGAAGAGAUAAAGGUAUUUGUGGAUGGCUCUCUCUAUUUGACCAAUGUCCAGCUUGUGCAUGGAGGAAAUUACAUAUGCCAUGCCCAGAGGAACAGGGAUGUUUAUCAGACCCAUGUCCUACAUGUCCACACUCUACCCGAGGUUCAUGUCAUUCCUAAACUUCAGUCAAGAGCCCCUGGAGAGUUGGCUGAAAUGGAGUGUCAUGUAACUGGUGUGCCCACUCCAAAUGUCUCCUGGCUAAAGAAUGAUGAUGAACUGAAAGUUGGAGCAGAGAAAUACACAGUUGUUGGUAAUGGAACAGCACUCACAGUAGGUAAGAUAACAUACAGUGAUACUGGUGCUUACAUGUGUGUAGCCUCCAACCCAGCAGGAUCCAUGAGAGAUAUUAGUUCCCUUGUUGUUCAAGAUCAACCCACUCCAACUGCUCCAUCUGAAGAAAGACGUUUUUUUGCCUUCCAUGACUGGGGAGUGUCUGUAUAUGACCCAGACAACUGCCGACUUUACCACCAGAUCCAGAGUACUGACAUUAUUCCUGGUACCCAGGAAUACGUGUGUGGUGAUAGGGGCAUCAACUGCUCAUGGGGAAAUGCUGUUAAUGUGGCUGAUCGCUAUGUGUAUGUUUCUCAACCAAAGAAGGAUAGAGUUCUAAUUAUUUCUAGGGUCCAAAUGGUGGUUGUAGAUGUUGUUGUCACAGAUAAGUAUCCCGUUGAUUUACACUAUGCUCCUCAUCUCGAUCAAGUUUGGUUAACCUGUUGGCGUAGUGCAGAGGACCAAGGUACUAAAACAAUUCAGAUUAUUCGCGAUGCCAGUCAGAAGAGGAAACACCACACAGUCCAUCCAGAACCUGUUGAUGGGCACUUUGACUUGGUAAGCGAGUUGUUCAUCCCUCUAAGCCAAGAUCUCCGACAUCCAUGGAAGUAUGGUUAUGUUGUGCACACUAACCAGCGAGGGAUGUACAAGUUGCACUUGCAAGGAAUGAAGUAUGUGAAAACUGUGGAUCUGACACCCUACAACUGUGCACCUCAUAAUGCAGCUUUUGCUGCUGUUGGAGGAUAUGUUAUCAUAGAGUGCAUUGAACCUAUCACCCAUCGACCCACUGGACAGCUUGUCUUGGACUAUCUCACAGAUACAGUUGUGUCCCACAAGACUAAUCUCUUUGGUCACCCUCACAUUUCUCCAGACUCUCGCUAUAUUGUGACAAUAGAAAGGACUAAUUCCAGUGUCAUAAUUGUUGCCCAAGAAGUAACAGAAGAAGGCCUACAGUUUCUCUUUGAUGUGAAGACAACUCUACAGAUCAGUGACAUCACCUAUUUUCCUUCUCAUACCACCCACAGUUAUGACCUGUAUGCCAGCUCUUCCAAUAAGGAAGAUAUCCUUUUUGUUGACCUUGCCAAUGGUAAAGUGGAAAUGAUCACUGGUAUUGGACGAGCAAUGGAUCCGGAGGUGGCAGAGUGGAAAAAUACAAACCGGCCAAUGUCUAGUGCAGGAAUCUUUGGCACUUAUAUGGUGACUACUGCAAAUGAAGCGAUCUUUGUAGUGAAUGGUAAAACAAGAACUGUCAACUGUGAAAUCGGAAGCAUUGUCCAUCCUCGAAUGAUGGUUUGGGUGAAAUCACCCUAAAAUCUUUGCUUAUGGAAGGCUUGUUUUUUAUGUUUGCUCAGUUAAACUAAGGCACACCAUUAACUAUACUUACAUAUGAUAUUGUGGCCUGCCUAUCCACUUCAUCUAGUAAGAUUUCUGGAAAAAAGAUUUUGUGCAAAAAUCCUUAAAAUCUUUCUUAAGUAAGAUAAAUUAGCAAAUCAGAGUAAGUAUUUUCUGGCUUUCAUGGUUUGUGUAACUUGCAAACACAUAUUUAAUAGCGAAAUCAAUAAGUAUAUAUAAAUUGAGCUGAUCUUUUCUCGUAACUAUAAAUUAGCUUUCAAAAGCAUGUUACACACUUGCAGUUAAAUACUUAAGUAAUUGAACCACUUAACUGAAAAUUCUCCAUUUUUCGAGUUGCUAUAGAAUCCAACAAUUUUUUCUUGGAUUUAUAGCUCAGAUUAUACAAUUUUUAAUCAGUAUUUUAUGAGUAGCACUGUACAAAUAUUAGGAUCCAUUUCAAUUUUUUCAUGAGAUAAAAAUUCUAGUCUGUGAUUUGUAGUGUAUAAAAAAAAGCUGUAUAUUAUUAUUUGGUUAUUAAACAUGUGCUUCUUUUUAUGUUGAAUUAUAUAAAUCCAAAAAUUGAAAGUCCAUGUUUUGAGUAGAAACAUGGCUGAUCAAUUGUGCUUUUUUGCAACAACUUCCAAAUCUUUAAACAAACAGCUUUUGCUUAGAUUUUAGUGAUCAUAUGGUUCAAAAGAUUACCUUGCAAAUGCUUCUGGACUGUCUAAAAGGUUUUCAUUGUGAAAGCAAUCUACUUAACAAAUAAGAUAGUGAUAGAUUUUUCCAUUUAAAAUUAGAUCUGACCUUUAUUAAAGUACGUGUGCUAGCUUGUGCCAUUUGUAUAUCCAUAUAAUGAUACCUACAUUCCAGGUAAAGGAAGUCAAAAGCAUGUAAAUUUUUUGGAGUGGCUACUACUAUACUCAUUUCACAGUAAACUGUGUCCAAUUUGUGUAUGCUAAAGUUUGUGCUUUGACAGUUAAAAGCCAUAUGUCAUUUGUAAUAUUUUUUUCUGUAGCUUAACCAUUGGAACUUAUUCACAAAUGAAGAAAUCUUCUUGUGGUAUUGCUGUAAAUGAUGAUGUAUACACACUUGGAAUAAGUUAUGUUCGAGAACCCUUUGUGGGUUCUAUGCCCAGUUAAAGGUCACAACAUUGUUUUCUAUUUAUAUGUAUUAUUAUGUAGAAGGAAUGACCUGUGUGAAACAAUGCAUUAGUAUAUAUAUUAAAAUGAAUCAGUAGCCUGGAAUGACACGAAGCCAGUAUAUGAACCUCAAUAGGAUCUGGAAUGAUUUCUACAGUGAAUUAUGUCAAACGUUUUCUAAAUAUAAUUAAUAAUAAUAAUAGAUAAAAUAUGGAUUACUUUAAACUGAAGUUUCAUAUAUUUAGACUUUUCACUAAAUGAGCCUGACUGUUUAAUUAUUCCUAGCAAACCUUUAGGCCAAUAAAAGCACUUGUGUUACUCGUACUUUAAUAUUCAGAUAUACCUGCUAUUUCCUAAAAAUUUGUAAACUCAAUCAUAUACUGGAAAAAAAAAUUUUGGAUAUGAAGAUGUCUUAUUUUUUUCAAAUAAUAUUUCAAACAAGUUUAUCCCAGAGUCAUCAUUUCACCAAAACCAUAGGGGUUUGAAGACCAUCAAUAAAAACAUAAUCUGAAACCAAAACUAACAUUUCUGUCCCUAAAACCAAAAAUAACAAAAUAAUUGGUCAAUCAGAAUUUAUCAUACUGUAAUGUGACUGAAAACUUUCAACAAAAAAAAUAUAUAUAUAGCAAUAUAAAAAGUCAUUUCAGUAAAUUUUCCAGUGAUGCAAUUCAACUACAUUAAACUUGUUAUAUUUAAAGAAACUUUUAUCAUUAGAAAAAUGCAUGGAUAUUGAUGGCAGUGAAAAACCUAACAAGUAAUAAAAAUUAAUCGUGUCUCUAUGUGUUCUUUAAUUUUAUUUGUGUUUUAUUAUAAAUGUGGAAUAUUUAAUUUACUAUUUACCAAAGUUCACUGGCUAUUCAAAAUGGUACUCUAUGUUUAAAAUAUGUCUAUGCUGUCAGUCAAUAAAAUAGCCAUACAUUUCAGAUUAUCUUGUAAAGGUUGUAGCAUAAGAAAGAAGCUCUAAUGGCUGAAAAAUGUAAUAAAUUAAAACUCAUGAUAUUUAGAACUGCUAAGGUAGAUGUUAAACAGUUAAUAACCAAAAUAUUAAAAAAUUAGUCAAAGCACAGUAUCUGUAAAUGCUAAUAUUUUGAUCCAGGUUGUUUUUUUGUUGUGGUUAUUAUCCCUGCCAAAAAGCCAGCUAUGACAGGCAGCUACAGCAUAGGAGCUGUAAAUGAUGUUCCUGAUAAAAUCUUAUGAGCAUGUGAUCAUCUAAAGAUAAUGCUGCAAAAAAAAAAGAAUGAAUUUUAUCAGAUUAAAACACAUUUUUGUCACUAAUAUUAUUUCAUCAACUUACAAAUUCACAUUUCUGGUUUUUCCAAGAUGUUUAGAUUAAACCAAAACUUUAUCUCAAAUACAAUAAUUCAAGCUAUUUAAGAGCUAAAAUACACUUUUAUAAUUAGUUCUUUUGGCUGUCAUAAUGCCAUAUGUGUGUCAAUGCUGUUUCGCCAAAGAAGUUAUGGUGUAUGUAUAUGUACAGAAAAAAAAAAAAUAGCCAAGUUGUAUAAAGCCUGGAGUUUAAUUUUUGAUUUGUCACAAAAUCAAAAUUUUCUCUCUAUCUUUGCUUCCUAUAUGGCCUUUCUGUAAUGACAUAAGAAAAUAUUGUCAAAUGGGCAAUUUCCUUGCUUUCUUGUUUAGCCUAUAGAACUAUUAACAUCCUUAAACAGUCUGUCAUACAUGUUAAAUAUAAUUCUAAUAUUUACAAUAAUUUUUUUGAAAAAUUUUACAUCUUAUAUAACUGAUUUUCUGACUAAGUAGGAAAUAUUGAUUUCUUCUGAUUGCUAGAAACUUAAUUGAUGGUUAAAGCAAAAGUAUGCAUUAAAGAUAAGUUUUGCUGAAUACGUACAUUCCAAUUUUGGUAGAAUUCGUAUGAUGUUAUUUUACUGUACUUUUUUGACAACCAAUGAUAAUGUUAAGAUUACCUUAAAAAUUAUGGGCUAAUUAGAUCAAUACUUGUUAGUGUUUUAAUUGUGCUUAGCUAACUUUUAUAAAGUAAUUUUGUUUUUAUUUCUGAUGGGCUAAGUUUAUUUAAAAAAAUUAAUGAUACAUUGAAUGAUGCAUAGUGUUUUUAAGCAUUAAUAUCACUGUAUAAUAUGUGUCAGUUUCUAACUCAAGCCAUACAUAUUAUUGAUAAGCUAUCAAUUCAAUCAGGUAACUAGCAUUAAUAAUUUAACAUUAAUGAAGCAUGAAAUGCCUAAUGCUUCCAUACGUUUUGUUUCUCACCACCAAAAAAUACAUACAAGACUGUUGUAUAUUUAAUUCCUGUUUAAAAUACAUUGCAUAUAUAUAUAUAUAUAUAUAUAUAGCAAACAUUUUGUCAUACUUAAGUAUUGGAGAACUGAAGAGGAAUGUAUCUGGUAUAUGUUAAUUUAUGAAAAAAAAAAUCGAUGUAUAAUUUAAUAAUACUCAUUAUUCCAACAGGAUUGCUUAAUGGUGAAUUCAAGUGGCUUUAUAUUAAUAUGUACAUUUUAUGCAUGUAGUCAUUAGAAACAAUUUUAGUUUAGCCCAGUCUUAUUAUGUUUACACUAUAUAAUAAAAAUAGUUGAUUUUAAAGUAUAUAAACAAAAUACACACAGCUAAAACCUGUUUGUCACUUAGAAGUUGAAUCUUAUUAGUAGAAAGGUUCCAUUUCAUAAUCACAUGUUAAGUUUCAUAUGGAAAAAACAGUAAUAACACAUCAGCAUAAUAAUGCACUAAUGAUUAAAGAAUUAACACAAUAUAGACAUCUGUAUGUUUUGUUAAUUCUUUAAUAAUUUAUGAAUUAACACAAAGUACUAGUACUUUAAAAAUUUCAUUCAUUCCACAUUUUAUUUUUAUUUUAUAAGCGAUUAAAUAUUGAUGAUGGAGUUAACAUAAAUUGUAAAUGUAUAGAAAUUCAAUAGCUACUGAUUGACCUUCAGUGUUUCUUUAAAAACACUUGUGUGAUGUUAUUUAAAUUUCAUAAAAAGGUUUCCUUCUUCACUUUCA